AUGCUAGCGCCGAUUCCGCGGAGACCGAGCUCUACCGCGGGGGGCUCGGGCUCGUUUUUAGAUGAUUUUGAGCCUGUUGAUGUUGACCGGGGCGGCAACGAGGAUCUUCGUGUUCGGGCGGGAGAGGAAGAAAUUUAUGGACCGCGCGACAGAGUGGGAAGUAUAGGCAGUGCUAACGCGAUGAAUCCUUCUACGAAUUCCUCGCUCUUUCAGGAGCAGCUGCAAGAGGACCAUGAUUUCCAGCUGAGUGAAGCGGCAGUUGACGCCGAUCAUCCGGACUUUCAGAACAAG